UGCAUAUGUUGUUCUUUGCGGCCGUUCUAGAUAUUUUUUCCAAUAAAUUGUUCAGUUUUUUAUUCGUGUGACAAUUAUUAUUCGUUCAAAAUAGGGCAUAAUGCAAGGUUAAGGGGAUUGUUUUCAUGGCUUCCAAACAUCUGUGCAGGGGGCAACAAGUUGCCCGAUUUCGUAACAUUCAUCUUCCGAUCGGUACAGAUUGUGAUAAUUAUUGGGUAAUUCGUAUUUAACCUCUAACAUUUUCUUUUUGUAACUUAAACUAUAAAAACUAUAAUAACUAUACAUUGAAGUUAUGAUCCUCAAAUUUUAGAACAACAAAUGCUCUAUUGAACAAAUAGAGUUGGUAUGUAAUAAUGAAAGUUGUAUUAUUAAUUUUCAAUUAUCAACAAUUUUUCUAAAUUUUAGGUCACAGUCUGUCUUUUGUUUGGUGGUUUUGAUCAUUAUGUUUUCUGAACAUGUAUUUCCGAAAAACAAUCUUAAAUUUCUGUUAUAUUUCUGAGCUUUUGAACAGAUAAGCCUUUCUUCUUGCGUACAUAAAUUUUUUUCAUGGCUAAAUAUCGUUUUAACGUCUACCUAGUUGUUGCUGUAAGCCACAGCGUGGCUCCAUGAAUAAUUGAUGAGUCCCCAGGUAAUGAGUUAGGAGCAGUGAUGGCACCCAGUGGGCUAGAGCCAUGGGCUCACUGUCAAGGCCAACAUUCUGAGUAGGGGUUUGAGUUUUCAUCAGUCAGUAAUUUUAGAAAUUCUGUUGUGUUAGAUUAUAUUUUAAAAUUGUUGAACGGAUUCCUGCAACUUCGUACACCAUUAUUGUCUGUGCUACGGACUUUGAAUUGUCUAAGUUUGCAAGUGCUUUGAAGAUAUUACAGUUUUAUGAACGACUUGGAAUUCCCCUGGAGUGAGCGUCCCGAUGUCGGCGCGCGCGGAGCCCACCCCCCUGCGCCACCUGCUCCACCACCACCACCACAACAUGUCGCGAAAAAACGAAUCGGUGGCCUGGCGGGCCUUCGUCAAGCUGGGCGGCAACAAAGUGAUCUGCAGGAUCUGCAACAAGCAAAUGAACUACCAGUCCGGGUCGAGCACUAGCAACAUGGUGAAGCACCUCCAGGCCGUGCACAAGCACAUCCUGGCCGAUGUCAAACCCAACCCUGCGUCGCCAGCGGUGCAGCCAGCUGCACAGGCGUGUGUGAAGGGCGCUGACGAUCUCUCCACGAAUUCAUUCAGCAAUGAGCCAUGGAUGGUUCUUCAGAAUGCCCCUGCCCAUCUACGUCAAAGAUGGCAAGACUUGAAAUUAGGUCUGCAGAAGGAAAUGCAACAGCAUCAACAAGCUGUGGCUUGGUCCGUAAUUGGAACACCGUGCCUUGGAGCACCAGCAGGUGCUGAUUUAGCUACUGACAGUGAUGCUAAUUCGACAUAUUGGAAUGGUACCCCAACGAACAACUCAAGUACUAAUAACCACAAUGUGAGCAGCGGCACUAGUUCAAGAGAUUCAAAUCCCUCUGAUUCUAAUACUGACUGGCAUCACAGGGAGGCUGAACAACCUUCUGAAGGUAGUUCAUACCAAUAUCGAGUCAAAUCUGAGCCAAUUGAAACUGAUGAAGUUCUUGAACAGCAGCCAGGAAGACCUGAUUCAGCCUCUUCACCACCAUUAGAGCUUGUCUCUCCAUCUCCCUCCCCAUCCCCUGUAAUCAUUUUAGGGGCAGAACCUGGUGGGGUUAGUGAUCCUCCACCUUGCGAAGAAAUUGACGGUCCACCUCCACCGAAGAACAAGAAACAUCGAGCCUCCCAAACAAACCUGUCAAGUGUUUCUACUCAGCCCUUGGAUGAUGCUGCAGAGUUAGAACUUCGAUUAAAUGGCCUACGUCGUGCCCAAGAGAGAGCAGAAGAAUUACAUCAUGAACAUCUGCGAGAAAGUCGUGCUAGGGCGGAGGCAGCCCAAGCUGAACGAGAUCAUAGACUACAACUAAUUCGACAUGCUGAGGAGAUACAUCAACAAACUUUAGAAGCUCAGAGACAAGCCUUAGAGCAUAGUAGACAGUUACAUGAAUUAACGGUACGACGGGCGCAUAACAAGCCAUGUGAAUAACACUAAGUUUUGUUUUUUUCCUAAGUUAUAUCCAUUUAGUUCAUAUGAAAAAAAUUGCUGUUGCUAUUAAACUUAAUUAAGGUAGGUAUGGCUUACCCUUGUUUGAAGGGCUUGGCUAAAAUGAAGUAAUGUGAAUAUGUAGUUGUUAGUUGUACCUAAAUGAUAAGUAAUAACUUCCCCUUGAAAUUUACUGUAUUCAUGUAAUUUUGAGUAUUGUGUGUAUUAAUUAAGCCUUGAAGGAGUAUUCUGCCAUCUGGUCAGUAGGUAUGAAGUUUGUAUUUAUCAACACAUCUGUAUUAUUCUUUGGUAAUUGAUUUAGAACGUGUUGCUUUCUUGGUGAUUGGUGUUCUGUCUCAAUUAGUCUUUGAAUAGGCUAUCGUACGCAAUAUUCAAGUCCUAGAACUUGUAUUAAAUUUGUGCUGAUCUGUAAACAAUUUGUAACCACAGAAAUUGACUUUCUAGUUUCAGCCACUGUCUUCUUUAAAUAAUUUUACUCCACAAGUUUAACUUAUUAUUAAAUUUACUGCAUUCAUACAGUGCAAUUAUUUAUUUUAAUGUAGUUAUCUAUUUAAUUUCAAACCUAGUCAUGUACCUUUUUUUUUUUAAACAGCCCAUAAGGACCUGGGUAUAUUUUCAAUGAAAACUGGAUGAGUAUUAUUUGCCUGUUCUAUAUUCCUAUUGUUGACAGAAGAAGAUCAUUAUCCUGUGGUUUAUAUAUACCACAUGGCACCUUUUACAGGUUGUUCUUGGAAAAUGUGUCCUUUUCUGUGUGUGGUCCAUUUGCUGGCAAGUGGAACAAACGAAGCAACAGGAAGUGCUGUAAAGUAGUUCCCCAUACAUAUUUUUUAUUUACUUUAAACUUUUGUGUACUUACACCUCUUUAUUGUAAUGAAUGAAUCAAACCAUCGUAUGCGGGGCUCACCUCAGCUCCUAAAGCUAUCCCUCCCAAAGAUAAAUAACAUUUCAAUUUGAUAUGUGUGGUAUUAUUGGUUGGUCGGGUCGGUGUGUCUAUGGGCCACCAUGUAUUUAUAUAACUUAUUUAAUUAUCUUGAUAAGUUAAUAAGUUAGAAAUCUCUUCGGCAUCUACAUGACAUACAAGUGCCCUGAUAAAGCAAGUGUGCAACUGCUUCACACUUGUAAGGGUGAGACAGCAAGUUGAAUACUUGCAAGUGUUAACCAGCAUAGUGGUUGUACACUUCCAAGUGCUAGGCGGCUUGGUAGUUGUGCACUUCCAAGAGUGCACCACCUCAGUUAAACACUUUCCACAAGUGUAUGUCAAAUCGAAGGAAGUGUUCACAUUGGAGUUGCACACCUGUACACUUGCAAGUUCUCUCUCUGUUUGAGCACUUCCCACAUAGCAAUCUCAGGAAGUGCGCAACAGCGGAUUUGUUCACUUACAAGUGCACAACUAAGGAGUUGAACUCUUGCAUCCAUUCUACUUUUGUUGCAAUUGCACACUUACAAGUGUCGCACACUUGGUUUGUAAGUCCACUCGUACCUCGUGUAGACACCAUCAGGAUAUCGAAUUAAGAUAUUAAGAUAAAUAAAUGAGUUAUUGAGAUAAAUUUGCAGUCCAAAUUUAUAUCAAGAUCAAGCAUCCAAAUAUACAGCACAUAUCAUUUUAAAAUAUUAUUUCCCUUUAGGAGGGACAGCCUUAGCACGUCGGUGAGGCUCUCAUUAAAUGCACAUGUUGUUUUGUGUUCUCUUUUUAUUCAAAGAACAAUAUUAACUUGCAUGUAAUUUUGGAGAAGAAGUGAAUCCAGCAAUCAAUUUAUCUUUAAGAGGAUAUUUAUGAGCAUUUCAAAACUAUUUGUGAAGGCUGGACCUUCUAUUAAAGCCAUGUACGUGUUAUGUGCCUAUACUUUAGUUUUUGGACAGCUCUGUCUUUCCCAAACCAGUGCUUAUCCCGGAAUUAAGUGGAGGGUUUUGGCUUUCAAUGUAUCGUUCUUAGAUUUUGUGAGACUUUUGAAUUCAUCAUCUGUCAAAAUUCUUUGCUUUCCUUCAAGUACAUGAGCCCUUCUCUUAAUAACAUCCAAUACUCAUUUGUCUUUUUCAAAACUGCUCUGUCUUUUAAUGUUACUGCAAAAUACCUAUUUAUGGAUAUAUAUCUAUCUAUCUAUAUGUAUAUAUACAUAUAAAUAAAAUAUUAUUAAUUGUUAAUUUUCAGAGAUUUCUAUGCAGACUGGCAAUACAUUUACAAUCUAAAAGUAAACACAGUUUUAGAGUUGUUUUUAUUGUUUGAGGUAUGUUGACAGUCAGUGUAUCACAUUAUGUUUAUGUUUCAAACGCAUCAUUGUACUGUUAUACUGCACUUCUUUAAAAUAAAAUAUACUGCUGAAAUUUUUAUAUCAUAA